AAAUGUAUUAGCUGGUGCUGUGCAUAGAGCAAUUACGCACGUGUAGCCUACAUUCAGAUUGUAAAGAUUUUAGAGAUAUGCUCGACACACUCUUUUGCUAGAGCCGUAUUACGCAAGAAAGUUUCACACUGUUACAUGCAGGCAAUUACAAUAUAUUACAGCAGAUAACAUGAUCGAGAUAACCCAAAUAACGGAUUUUGUACCAUGCGUAAACAUCACGAUCUCAUCAAAACAUUAUAGAAACUCAUCAAAACAGAUGUAUUCGAUUUUCUUUCUAUAUUAUCUUGAACAUCUUCAUUCAGUGCUAUAAAGUCUGUGCAUGGGAGAUAGAGGCCCUUAUUUUUCGAGCUGCUCGCAUGCUCUGCGUGACCCGUGACUGAUGCAAGUUAACAGCUGACUCUUUUCCAUUACAAAUGGCUCGCGGAUAAUCUAGAUAACUACCGGAUCACGCAAACUAUGAUGCGUGGAGAGUGGGACAUGAAAUUCCGUCUGUAAUAAUUUAUUUUAAAAAUGCUGAUAAUUUAGUUUGAUGUAGGCUAUAAAUCAUUAAUUCAUCUGAACCAUUACCUUUUAAUGGUGAAAUGGAAUUUCUAAAAUGCCAUAACUGUAUACAUAGGCCUACUUCUUUCAAGCAUAAAAUCCCACUAUCAUGUUAGAGCUUUUUAUCACAAUAAAUUAUUAUCUAAAGGGGAUAGUCCUGCAUUGGCUUUGUUCUGCAUGCAGAAAUGAAAGCUGAAAUGAAAUCUUUAGAUGAACCAUAUGUGUAGCCUAUACCAAGAUGACCACCAAAAUAGAACCAAACUUUUUAAAUCGUCCACAGUUCUUUUUCAAAUACAAUGUUUUGCUUUUUCCCCCCUCUAUUCAUUUGCCUUGGUGACGUUCCUUCGCCAUGUGAUCAGAGCACUGGUAUAAAGCGCGAUGGAAGAUCCGCCCUCUUUAGGAUUCAGGUUCGGCCUUUUUCAGGUCCUUUAAACACACUUCAAACUAACAUCCGAAUGGUGCGCUACUGAAAAACGAAAAAAUCCCCAAAACACAUGAAAGUGCUUGGAAAAAGGGACAUCUCUUACCGCCGGCGUGCUCCUCUCAUCCCCUCAUAUGAGUUGUCUUGAAAGAGGGCAGAGUAGCACGGGCAGCAUCUCCUCUUCCUUUCCGCCGUAGCUUCUGGGAGCGCACAGCACAGUGCAGCGCUCUGCAUAACCAGCCGUGAGCCAUGACUCUGAGCUCCGAGAUGUCGGAUGCCUCCAUCCUUUCGGAAGAGACCGACAUCGACGUGGUCGGCGAAGGGGAGGAUGGGGACAGCCAGACGCGCUCCUACGUAGACGAGGUGGCGCAGAUGCACGAUGAUCUCCUGGCUGGCUCCCCGCCAUGCCUAGACAUCUCCUCGUCCCGGGAUCCGUACAAACCAGCCAGUAAGAACAUCCUGGUGAAGCCCCCAUACUCCUACAUCGCCUUAAUCACCAUGUCCAUUCUCCAGAGCCCCAAGAAGCGGCUCACCCUCAGCGAGAUCUGUGAUUUCAUCAGCAACCGUUUCCCAUACUACCGGGAAAAAUUCCCCGCGUGGCAGAACUCAAUCCGACACAAUUUGUCACUAAACGACUGUUUCGUCAAGAUACCGAGGGAACCCGGAAACCCCGGGAAGGGGAACUACUGGACCCUCGAUCCAGAGUCUGCCGAUAUGUUCGACAACGGUAGCUUUCUGAGACGACGGAAACGCUUCAAACGACAGCAGCAGCAGGACUUGCUGCGGGAGCAUAACAGUUUUAUCCCCGCUGCUGCGUACGGCUAUGGACCUUACGGCUGCGGCUACGGUAUCCAGCUGCAGUCCUACCACACACACUCUGCGCUUUUCGCGUUUCAGCAGCAGCAACAGUCCAGGCAUUCACACACUGGGACCAUUAUCUCGGCACCGUCCUUGCCCACCUCCAGUGACUUAGCGAGGAGCAGGUUCUUACCCCAGCUCAGUCCCAGCCUGGUUUCACCCAUACACACUGCAGCCAAAUCCAGUUCGCCUGUCCAGCGCUCUACCUUCUCCAUAGAGAGUAUCAUUGGGAGUUCGCUGAGCCCUGCGCACAAUCACUGUGCUUCGCGGACUUCUACUGUUGUUCCAAUGUUAUCGUCUUCCCUCGCGCCACAGUCGCCCAACCAGCCGCUGAGUAUGCACCCAGGAACUGUUUUACACAUGGUCGAGAACUUUCCCAACAUAAUUCUGAACGGUACUAGUGGCUGUUAAUUUCUAUAAACUAACUUCCAAGUUUUCAAGAAACACAAACAAAAACGCCCCCUCUUUUGAAGGUAGGAUUAUUUUUGUAUGUUUUUUGGUAACACGCAGCUGAAUGAUGGACAUUAACACUAUUCGUGCCAAUUCAUUCUGUAAAAAAAAUAUUCGGCUAUAUUUAUGUUAAUACAAUUUUAGUGUCAAUCUAAUUUUCUCUCCACGAACUUUCAUUGUUUAUGAAGUGAUUCAUUUAAGUCUAGGGCGUCUCAGGAUAUCGACUAAAUGAAAGGUUAAACAUGAUCACGUCUCAAACAAUGUAUAUUGUGUCAAACACACAUGUUUUUUAGUUUGGCUUUUUUUUUACUGUUUUGAUUUGUGCUCUGUAUUUAAAAGACACAAAGAUGAAGGUCAUUCAUUUAUAUGCAGUGUGUGCUUAUUUCAGUAAUAAAACAUUGUACAUUCUUUGGCAAGUAUUGUAUAAUCGGAGUGUGAUAUUUUUUACACGGUUUGUUUUUCAAUGAGAAUAAAUAUUGUUUUACAAAAAAAGA